AUGGUGACCAAGUUCUACCAGCAUGUCCUAACUUUGGUGUUUGCAACGAAGGAGAUCAAUGAGAAUCUCAGCAUCUUGACCAAUGUCACUCUUGGUUUCCACAUCUGCGACAGCUACUACAAUGCAAGGAUGACCUAUCACAGCACCCUGGACCUGCUCUUCAAAUCAAAUGUAUAUGUCCCUAAUUACAAAUGUGGUAAACAGAAAAACUUAAUGGCCGUCAUUGGGGGACUCAGUGCUGAUAUCUCCUUCUACAUGGCAGACAUCUUAGGUCUCUACAAAAUCCCACAGCUCACAUAUGGCUCAUUUGCUCCAGAGGAUGCAACAGACGUCCCUUCCUUUUACCGCACGGUGCCAAAUGAAGCCCAUCAGAAUAUGGGGAUUGUGCAGUUGCUUCUCCACUUCAGAUGGACGUGGGUUGGGCUUCUUAUUGUAGAUGAGGACAGUGGAGAACAUUUCUUGAAGACCCUGGAACCACUGCUUGCUCAGAAUGGCAUCUGUUUGGCAUUCACAGGAAGAAUCCCAAAGCAAAGCAAUUGGGAUGAAAUGUCAGAGAGUUUUGAUCUUUUCAGAAACAGAUAUCAACAUUUCAUAGACAGUAAAAUAAAUACAGUAAUUCUAUAUGGAGGACCUAUGGCCAUAAUAUCAUUGACCACUGCAAUGCUUUUUGAAGAUUCUGCAUAUGAGGAAAGUGUAUCAAUUAGAACAGUGUGGAUUUUGACAGCCCAAGUUGAUUAUGUACUAACCAGCCUUCAAAGGAUCUUCAGUUUCAACUUCUUCAACAAUAUCCUGUCUUUCACAGUUCACUCUCAUAAGGUUCUUGGGUUCCAGAAAUUCCUUCAGAUUGUAAAACCUGAUUCCACACAGGAAGAUGGCUUUCUCGGGUGUUUCUGGGAACAAGCAUUUCACUGUUCAUUUCCAAAUUCCAAGGAGCCAAUGAAAGAUAAUUCCACAUGUACUGGGGAGGAGAGGCUGGAGAGCCUUCCUGGUUCUAUUUUUGAAAUGCAUAUGACUGGCCACAGCUAUAGCAUCUACAAUGCCGCCUAUGCCAUAGCACAUGCUUUGCAUGCCAUGGUUUCAUCCAGAUACCAUUGCAGAACAAUGGUGGGUGGCAAAAGAAUUGACCUUCAAGGUCUCCAGCCUUGGCAGCUCCAUACAUUCCUUCAAGACAUUUUGUUCAACAACUCAGCUGGAGAAGACCUGUCCUUUAAUAAGAACUGGGAAAUGGGAGCUGCAUUCGACAUCAUGAAUCUGAUUACGUUCCCAAACCAUUCCUUCAGCAGAGUGAAAGUUGGAAGGGUGGAUGCUGAUGCUCUAGAAAGAAGCAGAUUCAUUGUUCAUGAGGAUAUGAUUGAGUGGCACAGUAUUUUUAACCAGGUGGUGCCCAUUUCUGUGUGCAAUGACUACUGUCGUCCUGGUUAUCAGAAGAUAAAGACAGAAGGGGAGAUGUUUUGCUGCUACAACUGUGAUCCAUGCCCAGAAGGAAAGAUUUCAGACAGCAAUGAUGCGGUUGACUGUAUUAAAUGCCCUGAUGAUAGAUUUCCAAGCAAGGACCAAGAUGGAUGCAUCCCAAAAGUUCUAAGCUUCCUGUCCUUUCAAGAACCUUUGGGGAUCAGUUUAGCCUCUGUUGCUGUUUCUUUUUCUCUCAUCACAGCCUUAGUCCUAGGGAUUUUUGUUAAAUGGAAAGACAGCCCCAUUGUCAAAGCCAGCAAUCGGGAUAUCACCUACACUCUCCUUGUUUCCCUUCUGCUCUGUUUCCUUUGUUCAUUGUUGUUCCUUGGACAACCAACAAAGAUAUCCUGUUUCUUCCGACAAGCUGUUUUCAGCAUCAUAUUUUCAGUAGCUGUUUCUUGUGUCCUGGCCAAAACCAUCACUGUGGUUGUAGCUUUCAUGGCCACCAAACCAGGUUCCAAGAUGAGGAAGUGGGUAGGGAAAGGAUUGACUAACUCCAUUAUCCUUUCAUUCUCCCUCAUUCAAGCAGCUAUUUGCAUGGUAUGGCUAGGAACAUCUCCCCCAUUCCCAGAUUUUGAUACACAGUCAUCGAGUGAAGAGAUCAUCACUGAAUGUAAUGAAGGGUCUGUUCUUAUGUUCUAUAUUGCCCUAGGCUACAUGGGAGUUCUGUCCAUCAUCAGCUUGACUGUGGCUUUCCUAGCCAGAAAAUUGCCUAGCAGUUUCAAUGAAGCCAAAUUCAUCACCUUCAGUAUGUUUAUAUUUUGUAGUGUUUGGGUCUCUUUUGUCCCAACCUAUCUGAGCACCAAAGGGAAAUACAUGGUAGCUGUGGAGAUUUUCUCUAUCUUAGCCUCCGCUGCUGGCUUACUGGGUUGUAUUUUUUCCCCAAAAAGUUACAUUAUUCUGGUGAGGCCUGAGUUGAAUGAGAAGAAACAACUAAUUAGGAGAACAAAUUAA